AUGGCGGGAGCCGAGCCUGCAGACGAUGUUGACAUCGAGCAGAUGUGGAGGGAGACCGAAAUCGAAUUCCAGAACCUGAGCGGAGCAAAUACAAAGGAGCUGAAGCAGCUUACGGUGGAGGAGGUCCUUGCUAAUCUUCAGCAGAAGAAAGAGGCAGACGCAAAGACAAGGGCGAGAUACGCCAGAGUGCAGAAUGCCGUCGACAAGACACUCAUCUGCAUUCAGACCUUGGGGUCUUUUGCGGCUUCAGUUGCUUCGAAUUUCUUUGGACCAUCAAAUCUUUGCUUCAGCGCGGUUAGCAUGUUGAUAACAACAUCGCAAAAGUACACCAAGAUUUUCGAUGGUCUUUCGGAGCUCUUCGAGCGUAUUUCCACCUUCUUGGACAGAUUCGAAAUUUAUGCAAGAGCGAAAGUUGUUGGUGUCCAAAUUGACCCGCAUCUGAGGAGAAUUAUCCAUGACCUACUGCGGAGCUUUGUGCGCAUUUGUGCGCUUUCUAUCAAGAUCUCCAAACACUCAAAGGUGCUUUUGGCCCUUGAAGUGUUCAGCUUCGGAAGCGAUAAGGGCGUUGCGGCCGAGCUCAGCAAACUGGAGACCCUUGUACAAAAUGAGACUAAUAUGAGCAUCGCCCUGAUUUUGGAGUCGGCCAAGAUCAACGAGGGAAACAUCACCGCUGGAUUUACUGAUGUCAAAUCAUCGUUGGAUACCGUGGACUCAAAGCUAGACACCAUUGAUGAGCAGAUGGAUAACGUCUCUUCCCUCUUGGAGAGACACGACCUUGCCGAACGACGCAAAGAAUCGGACGGUCUAACAAAACAGCGUCGCGACAAGAUCAAGGCGGCCCUGAAAAUUGACAAAGAAGUAUGGAGAUCCCACCAGGAAGACUACGUUAGCAACAUAGUGCCGGGUACCGGUCAGUGGCUUCUGAACGAUCCUCAGUUCUCCGCCUGGGCAGACGCAGAGGCAAAAUCGGCGCCUAUCAUUGGGCUCAAAGCGAAGGAGGGAUAUGGAAAGAGUUACCUGUCCUCUGUCGCGAUCAGAUAUCUGUAUCGCCUCUACCCACCAGGAAACCAAGACACGCGGAUGUCAGUGGCAUACUAUUUCUUUGAGGGAAAUACCUUUAAUUCUACGGAGAAAUCCGUCAACACCGCGCUAAGGUCGAUUAUUUGGCAGCUCACACAAAAUGACGCGGUUUAUCAAAAGAAUGUCGCGUCCGCGUGUGACAAACCAGAAGAAUUUGGGAACUCCUUGGAGCUUUGGAAGCAGCUCGUGGUCAACUUCUCUCCAAAGACGAAUGCCGUUUUUUACAUUGUCCUGGACGGUAUUGAAGAACUGGAUAGCGAAAUCGGAAAGCCACUCGUCGAGGUAUUUCGCGACAUAUCACUGAUGGCGAACGAAAAAGGUCUGAUGACCGUGAGGCUGUUCAUCACUGGCAGACCCACCAUCUUCGCUGAAGCUGAGACGGCAUCUGGCGUUUCCCUCUCCACGAUUGAGCUUGGAACCCGAAAUAAGGAGGAUAUUGAGAAGUUCAUUGAAAUGCGAAUGGAUAAAAUGGAAAUCCUGAAAAAUAAGGAGAAACCUGAGAUAGUCGAGCUAAGAGAUCUUGUCAAAACAGGCCUCACAAAGGGCACUCAAGGUGAUUACUUCCAGCUAAACUACCUGCUGACUGAAAUCAGCAAGAAACGAAGAAAGAAGGAGAUCCAAGAGGUUCUGGAGCAUGCCGGCGAGGAUCGAGAGGCAACCAUCGCCCGUGAAAUUGACCGGUUGAAUCAUACCCUUGGAUAUGAAGAUAUUCAGGAUCUUGUGGAAUUGCUCAGCUGGGUAAUGAAUGGAAAGCGCGCCCCGUUCUUGAAAACUCUCGAGGGAGUCCUUCUGGUUAAGAACGGUGAAAGCUCACUUAUGCCGCUAGAAGAACAAAUACGGAACAAGUACUCUUCGCUUCUUGAAAUAGCAGAGUAUGAUACGGUCAUACUUAGCUCGAAAGCAAUCCGCGAAUUCUUUACUAAGCAAACAAAACAAGCAACAAACGAAGCAAUUGCAAAAACAGAGCUUCAUGAAGCCGAAAUUUCCAUUGUGAAGAGGUUUCUAAGCAGCGUCUGCGAUAAAGAAUUGUUCGACAAGUUCGGAUUCGAGGAAUUCUUCAAGUCAAAGCUCGGAGCCAAAGCUGCUUCCAUUCGCGUGAAUAUGGAGACCCUAAAAAUCCACGCGCUUCUUGUCGGUAUGAAAGCUGUUGCUAGCGAUUGGGAUAAGGAGCUAGAGUCGCUCAGACAUUCGCAUUUCUAUUUCUUCCAGGACUAUUUAGAUGAAGUUGACCUUGCACUAACACAGCCGGAGCCUAAAACUGAAAUUGGAGCAUUACUCAUCAGACACUUUACGGAUGAGAUUUUCAUUAAGAAGUGGUGGAUUGAUGACCGGAUGUUCCAGCGCACUUGGUGGGCAUAUCAAGACAAACACGUCAAUACGAUGUUGAAAUGGUUUAAAGACUCUGCGGUGACAAGGAACCUUACUCCUGAGAUGAAGGAAUGGGUAAACGGGCUAAUCUCGAAUACCAACCCGGGUGAUGAUCUCCUUUGCCAUGUUGCAAAAUAUAUUGCAAGGAAGUGGUUGCAAACCGUGAAUUGGACGCCAAAGGAAGCCUUCCUAUGGCUGCUUGGAUACGUUACUAAGAUUAAGGAACGUAAAGGGGAAGGCAAGAGAGUUACAGGAGAUGUCUCGCCUACAUUGGAGCAAAUCUACGAUGUGGAAAAGUGGGCAAAGUCUGAACUGGAAAUAACAACCGGUGAUACACUUUGGGAGGUACAGAUGGGAAUCGUCCUCCAGUGUUUUAGUUUCUUUGACGAAUCGAUUGAGAGAUGCAUUAUUUCUCGCGAGUUGGAUGCGUCGAAUUGGCGUGCUCCCUACAUCCAAGCACAGUCAUUGUGGGAAAGGGAUGACACGAAGUUAGCGCUUGAAUUGAUAGCGCCUGUUAUCGAAAGGUUCAGGAACGAAGAAGCACUGAGAAUCGAAUACGAAGAAAAAUUCUACCUUGGAGUUCUUGCAUUCUACGGAGUCUGGAAUACUGAUAUUAAUGAGUACGACAAAGCGACGACCGCCUUCCAAGAAAUUCACGAGCAUGAUAUGGAUCAAUAUGCACCAAUUUAUUGGACUUUGGACCUGCUUGAGCAGCAAGAGAAGCACUCGGAAAUCAUCGAGACCCUCCAAGACUUGAAAGGCAAGAAAAAUAGCAAGGGCCAAACCCGUCUUGCAGCAAUGCAUCAUCAAUACGCAAAUAAGGAGGAAUACCACAACAGGUUGAUUGUUGCUGGGAGAGCUUCCGAUAGUAUGGACGUUAUUCGCGAGGCUCUUCAUGAAGCACUAGCACCAGAGAACACUGCUUCAGUGAUCCCAUAUGUUAUCCAAUGGCUCAAUCACUUCCUUGCCCAUGUUUUGUACCAUGAUCCAAGGUCUGAUGCGGAUAAAGUCGAGGCCAUCAAGAUUUGGGCGCACAUUGUCAACAAAACCGCUCGCAAGAUCUAUCUUACAACUGAAUCCGAUGUUCUCGAGGCUACGACUGAGAAAUUAGGGGAAGUAUAUCUUCACCAAGCGAUAGAUGCCGGAUUAGAAACACCAGCUGCACAGGAAUAUUUGACAAAGUUAAUCGAUUUACUUCCCAAUAACCCAGACACAGCCAACCUAUUUUCUUGCCAGAAUUUGAAAUUCCCCAUCGCCCGACUGCAAUACCUCUUGAACCAAAAGGAGAAAGCAAUGGAAACCUUGAGGGGCCACGUCAAAGUUGCAUUGGACUUACUUUGCGAUGACGAUGAGAGUAAUGACUGGGAUGCGUUCCUAAAGCUAACGUCUGUGGCAUAUGUUGGAGAUGAUGUCAAUUCACUCGCAGCUUGGUCUCUGCUCAGCCCAUCCAAACCCGAAGAAGAAGCGGAGGAAGCGGAGAAGGAAGUGGAGGAGGCCACCCCUGGGGAACCCACAGUUGAGCAGGAAGAUGGAGCUGAGAAGGAUGACUCCAAGGAACAAACGGGCUCAGAGCCAAACGAAGAGUCACCGACAACCGAUGUGUCAACUAAAGAAGAAUCCAAGGAGGAAGAAGUUAAGGAGGCAGAAGUGACGGAAAUAGAGAUCAAAGAAGUAGAGGCGAAAGAGGAGGCGGAGGUAGUGGAGAUAGUGGUAAAGGAGGACGAGGUGAAGGAUGAAGCGGAAGACGAAAAGGACGAGAAGGAGGAAGAGGAUGGAGCCGCGGAGCCAAAGGAGGGAGGCGAAGAAGACGGCAACGAAGAGCUAAAUGAGGGUGAAGCAGAGGAUGGACUAUCAGGACCUAUUGAGCUGUCGUGCGAUGGUGCAUGUGGAAAGGAGUGGACCUACGCAGAUGAUUUCUAUGCAUGCAAAGACUGCUUGGAUGUGCAAUUCUGCAAGGAAUGUCAUGACAAACAAAAGGCCGGUACGCUAAAGGAAAGAGUAUGUGGCACAAAGCAUGAAUUCCUGCAUAUUCCCCCAUGGGAUGCAGAAGCUGCAAAGGAAGUGCCCAAGGGAUCUGUUCGGGUUGGAGAAGAGAUCAUCCUGAUCGCAGACUGGGUGCAGCAAAUGCGGGUGCAAUGGGGUAUUAAGGAGGAUGAAGUCAAUGCAGGCGUGGAAACACCUACCUGA